AUGGCUCCAACUUAUACAAAUUCAAAUGGGCAACCAAUUACCCCAGAUGCUUUUGCAACUCAAAGAAUUGGUCAACACGGUCCUUUAUUAUUACAAGAUUUCAAUUUAAUUGAUUCAUUAGCACAUUUUGAUAGAGAAAGAAUUCCAGAAAGAGUUGUUCAUGCUAAAGGAUCAGGUGCUUUUGGUGUUUUUGAAGUUACAGACGAUAUUACAGAUGUUUGUUCUGCUAAAUUUUUAGAUACUAUUGGUAAAAAGACUAGAAUUUUUACAAGAUUUUCAACAGUUGGUGGUGAAUCUGGUUCAGCAGAUACUGCAAGAGAUCCUAGAGGAUUUGCUACUAAAUUUUAUACUGAAGAAGGUAAUUUAGAUUUAGUUUAUAAUAAUACUCCUGUUUUCUUUAUUAGAGAUCCAUCAAAAUUUCCACAUUUUAUUCACACUCAAAAAAGAAAUCCUGAAACUCAUUUAAAAGAUGCAAAUAUGUUUUGGGAUUAUUUGACCACUAAUCCAGAAUCUGUUCAUCAAGUUAUGGUAUUAUUUUCUGAUAGAGGUACUCCCGCUUCAUACAGAGAAAUGAAUGGUUAUUCAGGUCAUACUUAUAAAUGGUCAAAUAAAAAUGGUGAUUGGAGAUAUGUUCAAGUUCAUUUUAUUUCUGAUCAAGGUGUCAAAACUUUGACUAAUGAAGAAGCUGGUCAAUUAGCUGGUUCUAACCCAGAUCAUGCUCAAGAAGAUUUAUUUAAAAAUAUUGCUGCUGGUAAUUAUCCAUCAUGGACUUGUUAUAUUCAAACUAUGACUGAACAAGAAGCAAAAGAAGCUGAAUUUUCUGUUUUUGACUUAACUAAAGUUUGGCCACAUAAAAAAUAUCCUAUGAGAAGGUUUGGAAAAUUCACUUUGAAUGAAAAUCCAAAAAAUUACUUCUCUGAAGUUGAACAAGCUGCAUUUUCUCCAGCACAUACUGUUCCAUAUAUGGAACCAUCUGCUGAUCCUGUUUUACAAUCAAGAUUAUUUUCAUAUCCAGAUACUCAUAGACAUAGAUUGGGUACCAAUUAUACUCAAAUUCCAGUUAAUUGUCCAGUUGCUGGUAGAGUUUUUGCUCCUCAUAUUAGAGAUGGUGCUAUGUGUGUCAAUGGAAACUUGGGAUCUCAUCCAAAUUAUCUUGCAUCUGAUAAACCAGUUGAAUUUCAACAAUAUUCAAUUCAACAAGAUCAAGAAGUAUGGAAUGGCGCUGCAUGUCCUUUCCAUUGGAAGGCAACUGAUGCUGAUUUCAAACAAGCUACAGACUUAUAUAAUGUUUUAGCCAGAUAUCCAAAUCAACAAAAGAAUUUAGCUCAUAAUGUUGCUGUUCAUGUUGCUAAUGCUGAUGCUUGGGUUCAAGAUAAAGUCUUCGAUUACUUUACUAAAGUUGCUAAAGAAUUAGGUGAUGCUAUUAAAAAAGAAACUUUAGAAUUAAGUCCAAGAAAAUAA